GCUAAGAGGAAAAACAGCUUUCCUAUUGCCUUCUGUGACAAAAACCUUUUGAAUCGUUCAGAAUAUUCCGAAAUAUUCCUUUCCGGCAACAACAAGAACAACCAGUUGAAUCCCCCAAAAGCAGGAGUUGAGGAGGUUGUGUGUAAGCAGACCUUACCCUACUCGAAAGUAGGGAGGCUCAACAGGUGGUGAUUUGGGAGCAGUAUUUGAUCUUCAUGGAUUUUGAUAAAGAUCCAUCUCAAAUGUUUCCAAUGGAACCAAUGGUGAAUUACAAUUUUGGAAUGAAUUUACUCAAUCAUAUUAGCUCUGUUGUUGAUAAUUCAAGUGUGGCACUUCAAGAAGUUUUCAGUUGUUUCAAAAAUUUUGCUGGUUCCCUGGUAUUAUGGGUUGCCAGUUCAUCAAAUACAAAUAUCAACAAGAGAAUAUCGCAAAAUCCUCAUGGAUCAUACAGAAGCUCUGGGUCUUUUAUCGAAUGGCAGAAAAUUUCUUCUGGCAGUCAUUUCUCCAAAUCUAGCUGUAGAGGGAAAUUUGCAAUGCCAGUGAUAGUAAGAAAAUUUUCAGAGUUUGCUAUGAAGCAUAUAUUUAAAGAAGCGACAUAUCUUCAGUUGAUUCCUGCACUCUCAUUAGCAACAAUAUUGGUGCCUCCAUUUGAAAGUGUGUCUAGGAAUGUACUUGCAGUUCCUUUGGAAGCUGCUACUACAGAAGCACAGAUGUCAAUGGAUCAAACUCCAUGUUAUGAUGAUCAUCAUGGAUGCACUAAUUCAUUCUUUCGAAGCAUAAAUUGGUCUGGGCUUGCUGUUGAGCCCAUAACUGGGAUUGAAUUUCCUGUCAUCUUGGAUGACAUAAUUGCUGGAGAUAAGAAUUUAAGUUUUACAUCAGAGGUCCUUGUUGGAACAGGAUCUCGUAUUAUGACUGUUAUCAGAAUCAAAUCUUUGAAGGUGUAUGCCUUUGGGUUUUAUGUUCAUCCCUAUGAUGUCUGCCAGAAGUUAGGUCAGAAAUACGCUUCUGUUCCCGCAUGUGAGCUGAACAACCUGUCUGAGUUUUACCAGGAUCUUUUGAGGGAGGAUAUCAACAUGACUGUUAGGCUUGUGGUUAGCUGCAAUGGAAUCAAGUUUAAAACGGUCAAGGAUGUUUUUGAGAAAUCUCUGCGUGCUCGAUUGUUGAAGACAAACCCGGAUACUGAUUUUCACUGCAUACAAAGAUUUGGCUCUAUUUUCUCACACGACAUUCCUUUACAUGUUGGGACAACAAUCAAUUUUCGGCGUACGGCUGAUGGGCAUUUAAUCACCGAGAUUGGUGGAAAUCAUAUCGGAGCAGUUCAUAGCAAGGAGUUGUGUAGGGCAUUUUUUGAUAUGUACAUUGGUGAUUUUCCUAUUUGCGAGAAAACAAAGGAGCAGAUUGGACAAAACGUUGCUAGCAUUAUAAAGGGCUGUUGAGGUUUUUUCCCCCUCUUCCACCCUACCACAGCAGUGCACACAUUUAGUGGUGCAAUUCAUGCACAUUGUAAAAUUCAGUUAGCCUUUAUUUCAUGGCAGCCUUUUAGGUCAUGGUUGAGAUGACUUAGAAGCUGCCCUAUGUAUUGUUGUAAAAUCUCUCUUGUAGAGAUCAUUUUGUUUGCAGUCUCACUAGAAAGAAUUUAUUAGCACAAUAAAACUGUUGACAUUACUAAGAAUUGAGUGUUGUAAUUUGCUGUGUGACGAUUGCAUUUUAAAAAUGCUGAAUUGCUACCUAUAUGAGUGCUUG